UCAAAGGUAGUUACAAAAUAGAUGGUAAAACCAUUUUGUCUACUUUUAGGACUUGCCAAGGAUGAGUAUUACAUCAUUGGAAGAGUAAUUGCUGUGUCACUUGUCCAUGGUGGCCCUGCUCCACACUUUUUCUCCAGACAUUUUGUAGAAUACAUCUGUGGUAAAACAGAUGUUUCACCAUCUAUUGAAGAUGUCACAGAUCCAGACAUUCAGAAUGUGCUUCAGGAGAUUCAAAGAUGGAUUGUCAACCCUCGAUGUGCUUCAGAAAAUUCUAGAAAGUCCAUCAGCGUUUGAACCUUAUUUGUGCUUCAGUACUCAAAAUCUCAGCUCUGAGCUCAUUGAAAGCAUCUUCAGAGUUGAAUUUAGUGUGGCGGGUAGCAACAAGAAACGCGAAGAAGGAAGGAUAGCAUCUUACUGGGCAGAUUAUCUACUAGAUAUUGAAGGUAACAUCUCUUCUACAGAUCCAACUUUAGAAGAUAUUGUCAUGUUUGCAACAGGACUGAAGAUGAUUCCACCACUGGGAUUUGAGCCAAGGCCAACAAUAAAAUUCCUGCAUGAUAAUUCCCCGUUUCCAACUGCCAACACUUGCAGCAAUACAUUAUGCUUGCCACUACAUUCAUCAUAUGACAGUUUCAAAUUUCAUAUUAGCUUUGGAAUUUUGAAUUCUCCAGGCUUUGGGCUUUAUUGA